CCGGGGGCGGCCCUGAGGGGGCCCUGAGGGGUCGGGCCCAGCCGGGCUGAGGGUCGCGGCUGUGGGGGAGUCGAGCCAAGCCGGGCCGGGCCGGGCCCAGCCGGGCUGAGGGUCGCGGCCGUGGGGGAGUCGAGCCGGGCCGGGCCGGGGCCGCGGCUCUGCGGGUCCGGACCGUGCGCGGCCGUCCCCGCAUGUGCUCCCCUGCAGGGGCCGCGUCUCGCCGCGCCCCUUCUCGGGAAGGGUCUGCCCGUAGGGCCGCCCCCGCCGCUGCCUCCCCCGGAGCUCCGUGGUCCCCGGGGCCCGCCGGGGUCCCGGGAUGGUUCGCGUGGCUCCACACGCUGGGUUCCGAGGGGAAUCCGAAGAAACAGGGAAGGACCGAAGCAUUGCAGAGCUCUCCGUGCUCCACCUUCCCUCCAGCAAAAGCUGGAGACACAAAGUCUCAACAGAGAACAACGCCUGGUGGAGAGGAUGCUGUUGUCAGCAGCUGACAGUGUCCAUCCCACCGUGUCUGGAACGAGGGAAAAAGGGCGUUUUUCUGGCUGCUGUCGCUGCUGGCGGCCUCGCUGCUCUGGUUCGUGGCGGUGCAGCUCAGCGGGCGGGAGGACGCGGCGCUGCUGCUGCUCGGAGCCGCCGCGGCCGUGCUGCUGCAGGAGCUCUGCAGGUUCGCCUGCUUCAAAAUACUCAAGAGCCGUCUCCUCUCACCCCUUGCUGGCCCGUGGCUCUCCCUUCUCCUGGGUGUGGGACGGAGCUCAUGCUCUCUCUCUGGGGGCGCAGGAAGGCGGAUGAAGGGCUGGCGACCCUCAGCGAGGACGGGCAGUCCCCGAUGUCCCUGCGACAGAUGGCUUACGUGUCUGGGCUCUCCUUUGGCAUCAUCAGUGGCAUCUUCUCCAUCAGCAACAUCCUGGCAGACUCUGCCGGGCCAGGCACUGUCGGCAUCCACGGGGACUCCCCUUACUACUUCAUCACCUCUGCCUUCCUCACCAUGGCCCUGGUACUGCUCCACACCUUUUGGGGCAUCAUCUUCUUCGACGCCUGUGAGCGGCGCCGUGCCGGGGGCCUGGGGCUGGUGGUGGGCAGCCACCUGCUCACCUCUGGGCUGACCUUCCUGAACCCGUGCUACGAGGCCACCUUGGGCCCCAUCUUCAUCCUCACGCUCUGCACCGGCCUCUGGGCCUUUGGCACCGCUGGCGGCUCCUUCCGCAAUGUCCUCAAGUGCCUCUCCUGUAAGCAGGAGCCUGAGGGCCAGGUCAUGCUCUACUCGGCGCUGCAGGUGCCUCCUGAGGAGUGAGGGAGCCACUGCCCCGCAGCCGGACACUCCUGCCAGCGCCUCCACCCCUCCUGCUCUGGGGGAAGCUGUGUCUGACCAGUGUUCCUGAGGGACCUUUGGGGUCUGACUGAUUCUCCUGGGAGGGUUUGGAGGUCUCUGCUCCUUGGGGCUUUGGGGUCUGGCCAGUACCCCUUUCUCUUUGUUCCCCGACUGUGUUCACACCUUUCCCUCAGUUUGAGGCUCUGGCCAGGGUGGGCCAGGUGCCCUGGGGGAAGUCCAGCCUGGGGAACUCAGGGCAGGACCCCCCCUCCCUUGUGUUUGUCGCCGGGGGGGGCCCUACCCCUGGUGCAGCCACUGGUGCUGGGGGUGAUGCUCUGGGGGUGGGGGACACCAGGACUCGGAUGCUCUGCCCUUCUCACCCCUGUGCAGCUCCCAGGGGGUUGGAGGUGCAGUGGGGAUAAUUUUUUUUUUAAUUAAGAGUAAAACCCUUUCACAAGAGCACAGGA